AUGGAGAAUGACGUUCCUUGUAUUAGAGACGGAGCAGACUCAGCUGAACAAUUAUUCGACUUCUCUUCUACCUCUGUACAAUUGAUUGACUUUGGGAGAGCAAUAGAUCUAAAUAUUCUUCCAAAGGGAAUAGUUUUCACAGAGGAAGUAAAGACGGACGGUAUACGGUGUAUAGAGAUGAGAGAAGGAAGAGAAUGGAGGGAACAUAUUGACUACUACGGUAUUGCUGCUACAGCUUACUGUCUCCUGUUUGGAACAUAUAUGGAGGUGGUCAAGACGAAGGAUGUCUGGGAGGUUAAAGGAAGUUAUAAAAGAUUCUUUAAAGCUACCGAACUCUGGAAACAGUUUUUCCAUGAGUUCCUCAACAUCAAGGACACAAGCAAGGAGAGUUUGCCCGUAUUGAGGGAGUGGAGGAUAAAGUUUAUGGAGAUAUUCUACAGGGAGAACAUGAAGGAAGCCUUAGAUCAGGUCAAAGCUAUAUUUCAGGCCAGAUCUUAGAAAUUGUGGCAAACUUCUUUGUUGUCCACAACAAAGUUAAUUUGGUUUACUGUACAGUACAUGUUGUAAACUGUACAGAACAUACGCUAACAUUAUCUUAAUGUAACCUCUAUAGAUCAAAGUACUGAAAAAGAACAGUUUAAAUCUUCGUUAUUACUAAUCUUAUGCAAAUUUCCAAUGUCCGCUUGAAUGCUACUUUUUAUAAAAAUUACUCAAUCGUAAUUAAACUUUAUAAAAAUUAUAGCAAAGAUGCCUAUCUAAUAUUUUUGUAAUUUUUAGCUGAAUUAAAAUCUGUGUUUGUUUUUUUAGUAACGUAAAACUUUCUGUUCAUUUAGGAUUAAGAACUAAACAUAUUAUCUGAAAUAAAUAAAUAGUGUUUUAA